GCAUGGAAAAUCAUCAGAAGAAGGAAAGCCAGAAAUCAACUUCCUCCAAUUGAACCGUUGUACGGCUUUGAUUGGAGAACACAAGAACCCCAAGAACUUCGCCCUUUCAAGCCAAUCUAUAACAUGAGCAUGGGUAGGUGGAUUCAAAACGAGCUCCUGUCCAAUCUUAUUACUGUGGACAAGCAAUACCUCGAUCGGACCACGAUUCGACGUCAUAUUAUAUCCAAGUACAAGAAUACAGUCUAUGGCUACCGGCCUGGUGGUGAAGCCGCUGUAUAUGAGCUAUAUUCUUAUGUGCUCACUCACCAUCUCCCGAGCCGAUUCCCAAAUUCCUUCAAAGUCCACUCAGGAAAAUUUGAGAAUCUUCUAACGAAACAAGUGUUCCCGGCCGAGCCACCAAAGGAUCCGGAAAUUUGCCUGCAGAUUCUAGGCGAAACGAUAGAAGAGGACAUUUUCCUUCUCAAGGAGACAGACUCCACACACCUGUGUCUGGCCUUCGUUUGUUGUUUCCCUACUGGUUUCGAUCCUUCAACGAAACUUGGCGCAGAUCUAGCAGCUAUUCAUGGGCCGGUACCCCAUUACGAUAAGAUUGGUCCAAGCAUGGAGAGAUAUUUCCGCAAAAUCAAACCUGGGCAGGUUGUCAGACGCAUGAAUUGGAACGUUCAAACUGGCGGGGACCUGAUCAAUGUCGCGGGCAACCACAUUAAAGAAGGCGACGUCUUUAUUCAGGACGAGGAUGUCAAUUGCCUAGAUGCAAAUCUGCGAGUAGAGCUGCAAUCUCUCACGCGGCUUCCUGAAACGGGGUUCCUCUUAUUCUGUUUCAAGACUUACUUAUACCCCCUUGAAAGCCUGAAAAAGGAUGGCUCUGGAAAGGACUUAGCAGAUGCUAUUGAAGGAUUACAGACAGGUAAUGCUCCGGGGAUGCAUAAAUAUAAGAGUGCGAUCCGAUGGGGUAAGAGUGUGGUGGAAUAUCUGCGCUCCUAA